AUGCCAGCGAAUCGAGCCAAUGCGGCGCAGAGUAAGAGAUAUCUGACUAACGUGUGCCGCUGGCAGCGGAUGCAAUUGCUGCUUAUCGGCCACAUUGCCCUACACUGUGUCUUGGUGGAUAUUGCCUUUGCAAUUGCGAUUCUAAAGAAAUGCAUUUACGACCCAGCAAACCCUUCUAAAAAACCGGUGGGUGUUAAAGACUAA